CCGGCCGGCUGGCGGCCAUCGUUCGCGGGACUGGGCGCCCGACUGCGAGCGAGCGCCUGUGCAGUGAUCUUCCGGCGGUAGCGUGUCUCGACAGCGAACUGGGCACGGCAGCGGCGCAGGUCUGAGGACACGCCUCGACAAUGGCCGACAACCAGGCGGAGUACGACGAUGGCGACCGUGCGCCGCGGCCGCGGCACAACGGCCGAGCGGGCGGCGGCUUCGGCGGCGGGGGAGGCGGCUUCCCAGGCCAGGCGGCGCCGCACACCGACCUGCCGCUGCGCAUCCUCGUCAACAGCGAGAUGGUGGGCGCCAUCAUCGGCCGCCAGGGCAACACCAUCCGCCAGAUCACGCAGAACACCCGCGCCAGGGUAGAUGUGCACAGGAAGGACAGCAACGGCGCCACAGAGAAGGCCAUCACCAUCUACGGCAAUCCGGACAACUGUGACAACGCCUGCCGCGAGAUUCUCGACGUGAUGACCCAGGAGGCAGCCAACACCAACAAGGGGUACGGUAGCGGUACGGCUGGCCCCCGGGCGCCCUGCCGCGAGAUUCUCGACGUGAUGACCCAGGAGGCAGCCAACACCAACAAGGGGUGGGAGCCUCUUACCGUGACCAGGUGA